AUGAAUAUACCGUUCCCAAUAUUGUAUCCUCGUUUGGUUGAUCCUUCUUGGUUCAACGCCGACAGCCCGUGUGAUGAAGACGCAGAAUUAACCAGCAUGGAACAAGCUCACCAACAAUGGUUAAAUUCCAUUGGACAGCAGUACAUGAAACGAACACCAUUAGGCAAGACAGAUGCAGAGCCUAUGGAAGAAGAAGCUGAUUCCGACGAAGAAGAAGGUAAUGAUGAAUCUGACGAUUCUGAAGAAUCUCAUGAUGAAGACGAAGAAGAAGAGCUCCCCAGAAAUUCCCCAGCUAGAAAUAAUAAUGAGUUGGAGCCAGAAUCAUUGGAAGAUGCUAAUGAGAGCUCAGAUAUCAACACCCCUGAUCAAAGUACGCUCUGGCCUAUUCAG